AUGCUCAAGCUUGUCGCCCUUACUUUCCUCUUCGCUUUGGUUUCUGCCAGACCACAAGAUGUCGAUUCCAACAGAAUCGUUGCACUCCCAGAAGACAACUUCAAAGUAACUGAAAUUGGAUUCGAGAAGAUUGAAGCCAAGCCAGCACCAGCCGUUGUCAGCGUUGAUGCCACCUACGCGUAUGGAGUAGACCUCGCCGUUCCAGCCACUCUUGCUCAAAUGAAUUGUCUCAAGACAUCCAGAUAUGCCGCUGUAUUCCUUAGAGCUUUCGCUCCAACUGGUUCUGGAAUCUUCGACACCACCUCUGUCAACAACAUCAGAAACGCCUACUCCGCUGGAUUGGGAAUCGAGGUUUACAUGACUCCACAGCCACUUUCAUCCCUUCAAGGAUACCAACAAUUGGAUCUUCUUUAUAACGGACUUACCAACAAUGGAAUCACUAUUCGAUCAGUUUGGAUUCAGGUUACCUCCCCAGCCAACUGGCAAAAAUCCGCCACUACCAACGUCAACUUCCUCAACAGCAUCAUCUCCCGUGCCAAGCAAUACGGACUUACCGUCGGAAUCUACACCAACCAAUAUGACUGGAGCCAGAUCACUGGAAACUGGGCUACGUUGAGCUCUGAUGUUCUUCUCUGGUACUGGCAUGUUCUCGGAGGAGGUGUCACCGGAGAAACCCCAGCUACAUUCGAUGACUUCCGUGCUUUCGGAUCAUUCAGGGCUGCCUCUGUCAAACAAUUCGCUCAAGUUGAAUCUGUUUGCUCCUUGACUGUCAACCGUGAUGUGUAUGCUGUUGGAAUUCCAGCUGCUGCUUCGGCUAAGAAGAACGUGAUCGUUGAUAGCAACAAGAUUGUUGUCGGUGGAGUCAUUGGAUUCUAA